AUGGACAAUACUGAAGACGCCGAAGUGUUAGGGUCUAUCCAUACCCAUGAGGAUGAAGGAUAUACUCACCGAAAUGAAGAUAUCCAAACCUACUUGGACGAGGCAACCGAAAUGGAUGAGACUCGAGAUGUGUAUGAGGAGUUCAUUGAUAACGAUGGACCAGUAGAGAAUCCAGAAUUGUUAGAUGAACUACAACCAGAAAAUAAUCUAAACCCUAACCCCGAAUGGUUCACGUCAAACACAUGGGAUGACAUUAAUGACCCAUCACCUUCCCUAGAAACAGGUCUGCUGAGUUGGCGACCGGGGGACGAACCGAGCAAGGGGAUGCUAUUCAAUAAUAAAGCUGCGGUUCAGCACGCGCUAACCAUGUUCUCCGUUGGGCUCAAUAAAAAAUUUAAGUACAUGAAGUCAGACCCCGAGAGACUGGUUGUAACAUGUGUAAACGAUGCAUGUCUAUGGUCAAUUCGAGCUAUCUACAGCAAAAGGCACAAGCUGUGGAUGAUCACAACAUCUAAGGGUCCCCACACUUGCUCGACACUCCAAGUGGAUCAUGAUGGAAGGAUGAUGGAUUCAAAGUUCAUUGCCAUCACACUUGAGUCAUACGUACGGGAAGACAUUUCAAGAACAGUAGCAACCCUACGUAGUGUUCUUCAUGCGAAGCACGGCCAUUGGGCGUCUCACUAUAAGGUUUGGGAUGCAAAACAGAAAGCCGUUGCAGCCAUCUACGGUGGUUUCGAUGAGUCAUAUGCAGAAUUGCCUCGGUUCCUGGCAGCGUUAAAAGAUGCAGAUCCAACCACAGUGACACAGUUGAAGUGCGACCACCGUAGUGUGCCGGGAACUUGCACAUUUAACUGUGCCUUUUGGGCUUUUGGUCCGUGUAUAGAAGGGUUCAAGUAUUGUAGGCCGGUGAUAAGCAUCGAUGCAACGCACCUCUAUGGCAAGUACAAGGGGAAGUUGUUGAUAGCAAUGGCAACGGAUGCUAACAACGAGGUUUAUCCACUCGCGUUUGCCGUUGUUGAGAGUGAGAGCAAGGAGACAUGGGGAUGGUUCUUGGCAUGCCUGAAAUGA